CGUUCUCCUCCCCAAGUUCGCAGCUUUAGCUCGCGCCCCCCGCGUCGCACAUUCGCACAUUCGGCUUCCAGCUUCCAGGAGCAGCGGCUUAGGCGCCGCUUGUGCCCCGGGGCUCCAGAUUUCAGCCCGGCUCGCCCGGUCUGCGGGCCAUGGAGGUCCGAGUAGCGGAUCGAGAGCGGUCGACGCGUCCCAACUUGCCCGCCCGGUGCCCGGCUCCCACCCCUUCCCAGCCCUGGAGACAGCAGCCCUCUUGCCGCUGAGUGGCAGCGACAGCAUGAAAGCUCAGGGUCGGUUCCUGCUCAUCAUCCUGUGCUCCCUGGGCUUCUCCGCUGCCUACAUCCUGCUCUGCUGCUGGGCCUACCUGCCCUUCUGCCUGGUCUCCUGCCUGGGCCCCCACCUCUCCGCCAACUCCAGGCCCACCGUGCCAGGGCCCCUGCACUUCACUGGGUAUAGCAGAGUGCCAGAUGGGAAGCCGCUGGUCCGAGGGCCUUGCCGCAGCUGUGCCGUGGUGUCCAGCUCCGGCCAGAUGCUGGGCUCGGGCCUGGGCGCCCAGAUCGACGGUGCUGAGUGCGUGCUGCGCAUGAACCAGGCACCCACCGUGGGCUUCGAGGUGGACGUGGGCCAGCGCAGCACCCUGCGCGUGGUCUCGCACACGACCGUGCCGCUGCUGCUGCGCAACUACUCGCACUACUUCCAGCAGGCCCGCGACACGCUCUACGUGGUGUGGGGCCAGGGGAAGAGCAUGGACCGCACGCUGGGCGGCCGCACCUACCGCACGCUGCUGCAGCUCACCAGGAUGUACCCGGGCCUGCAGGUGUACACCUUCACCGAGCGCAUGAUGACCUACUGCGACCAGGUCUUCCAGGACGAGACGGGCAAGAACCGGAGGCAGUCGGGCUCCUUUCUCAGCACCGGCUGGUUCACCAUGAUCCUCGCCCUGGAGCUGUGCGAGGAGAUCGUGGUGUACGGAAUGGUCAGCGACAGCUACUGCAGGGAGAAGAACCGCCCCUCAGUGCCUUACCACUACUUCGAGAAGGGCCGGCUGGACGAGUGCCAGAUGUACCUGGCGCACGAGCGGGCGCCCCGCAGCGCCCACCGCUUCAUCACGGAGAAGGCGGUGUUCUCCCGCUGGGCCAGGAGGAGGCCCAUCGUGUUCGCCCACCCGUCCUGGAGGGCCCAGUAGCCCGAGGCCCAGCCGGCCACAGUGACUUCGCCAGGCCUCUGUCCUAUUCACACCCCACCAGAAAUAUUUAUUUUGUGGAUCCUGCCCCUGCCACAUGCCAGGUGAACCUAGGCACACUCGGAGCCGUCGUGGGCCUCCAGACUUGAAGGGGGAGGGGGCGUGGUGACCUUUGUACCCUCCUCCCAUCCCUGAGUAAUCGAUUACUCGGGACUCCCUGAGUAAUCUGAAUCAUCCCACCUCGGGGGUCUGUCCAGUGGCCUUUGCCCUCAGGGCCGAUGUUCCCCCCACUCACCAGCUUUGCAACCUUCGAAGUUGCACCGGCCCUGGUUCUCCCUCUCCACACUCCUCCUCCACGCACUUUGGGUGCCGCACUGCCUCGGCUGGGCGCCCCGGUCAGGGCAGCCCAGAGCACGGGGUUCGUUGAGCAAAGGUGCAUUCGAACUGUGACUGCCAGGGCCACCUCGCGUAGACGGGUAAACCGCGUUUUCUGGAACCCUGUCUCCGGUGUGGUUGUGUCUGGGGGUCAGAGUCGGGGCUGCUCUCCCCGUCACGGUCCUGUAACCUGUGGAUCCGAGGGCAGACCGAGUCCUGGGGCCCCUCUCUUAACCCAUUUCGUCUGCCUGCGUGUUCCUUCCCCAAGAGCCUGCCCCCCUCAAAAACCAGGUCAGAGAGCCUAGCCCCGGCUAGGGUGGAGACAGCUCAGGGUGGGAAGGAAAUUCCUCCACCCCGUGUCUUUUGUCCAGGGUCAAAUUCCUUGCCAGUUAAAUUUCCUACAUCCGAGAAUAUAUUUAUUGAUUUUAGAGAGAAAGGAAGGAACAAAGAGAAACAUCGAUCAGUUGCCUCCAGUGCCCUGACCAGGGACCAAACCUAAAACCUAGGUAUGCGCCCUGACCUCGAAUCAAACCCGUGACCUUUUGGGUCUCGGGACAAUGCUCCAACCUACCGAGCCACACCGGCCGGGGCUAAAUUUCCUCUUAACUCCGGAGUUGGUUGUACUGCAGGGAAGGAAGGCAGGGAGAAGGGGGCAGGCCAGAGGCUUGCCUUCUCAGAGCCUCAGUUUCCUCACCUGUGACGUGGGAAAAGCCGACCCACCAGCACAUAGCAAGGGCCUGCAGCCACCCUGGCAGGGGGCUCAUGUUAGCCCACUUGACAGAUUUGGCGAAGCCACAAGGCUGAGCCGGGGUGGAGCCCCGGGUCUGAGAGCUGAGCCUGACUGUCUGGGCCCUGAACCAAGAGACUGGCGCUACCGCCCUUUGCCUGGGGACUGGGGGACUGACUAACGUGGGACCCAGUUCCCGGACUUCAGGCCCUCAGCUGGAACGGAGCCCUGGGGCUCCAGCUUCCAGGCCCAGGAGUCCUCCGCUUCACGGGUGCGUGCCCUGUGCCUUUACCCGCCCCGGGACCCCACGCUUGCUUAGCUUCAUGCUCUGCUGUUGCUUCAAAUUCUAAUAAGUUUAUUUUUAAAAUUCAGUUCUAGAGAGAAGGGAAGGGAGGGAGGAAGAAAGGAAGAGAAACAUCCAUCAGUUGCUUCUCCCACGCCUCCAGCCGGGGGACCUGGCCCGCAAUUCCGGCAGCCUUUGGGUUUGCAGGCUGGUGCUCAGUCCACUGAGCCGCACCAGCCAGGGCUGGGCGGGGUGUUUGUUUGUUUGUUUGUUUUGUUUUAAGGAGCUGUACAUUGUCACUUCGCAGGACCCCACAAAUGAUGAAGCUGGUCAUGCCAGGGAGUCUGGGUGACCUUCUCAAGAGGGUCUGGAGAUCUGGCCCCUGGGCCCGUGGGCCACAGCACUCACUGCCUGUUGUGCCCUGCCUCCCCCUCCCCAGUGUCAGGCCAGCCUGGAGGUUCUGCAAACAGGGGAGGAGGGAGGAGAGCCCUGAGGGGGGCGGGGGAGGGGGCACUGUGGUGGGAGGGAGCCAAACCUCAGCAGCUGGCCUGGCCCAGGUGGCGUCUCUGAGCAGGCGUCAGGCAGAAGGAAGGGUGGGAUGUGGCCAGGCAGGCGGAGGGCUGGUGUAAGAACCGGCUGCAGAUGGAGGGAGGCCCCUGGAGUCAGACCCGGCCUCUGCCUCCCGCCGUGGGGCCCUGGCAGAUGAGUGUCUCUCUCUGGGCCUCAGUUUCCUCAUCUGUAAAAAGCCGUCCCCGCCUCAUGGGGUUGUACAGUCACCUGUGAAGUGCCUGUCCCUAGGGAUGGGGUCACUUCUGCUCACCCAGCUGUCACUCACGGUUGGUGGUGACAAAUGGGCAUGAAGACUUCCCAGCCACGCCGCCGCCCCCCGCCCCCUCCACAGCGCCCCUCAGUGGAUAGAGCACAGGCCUGUGAGCCAGUCAGGGCACAUGCCUGGCGGGCCAGGUCCCCAGUAGGGGGCACGUGAGAGGCAACCACACAUUGAUGUGUCUCCUCUUUCUCCCUCCUUUCCCCUCUCUAAAAAGAAAUAAAUAAAAUCUUAAAAAGAAAAUAGAUAAAUAAAUAAAAAGACUCCCAGCCCCAUCAGCUCUCCCCCUCACAGCCUCAUCCUGGGCUCCACGCACGGCCCACGACCCACUGUCCUGAUGGGACUCAAACUCAACGCCCCCCCCCCCCCGUGGUCGCCUCCUCCCGCUCUGACCCCACGCAUUUACUAGCUUCACCCUGCGGCCCAGUGACAGGCGCAUCUGCCCUGGCCCUGCUCCCAGGUGGGGUGCUUACUGCUGGGCUGGCCCAGAUUUCUGGGCUUUGUGACCUGGUAGGAACCCUCCACCAAUUACUUCCUCCAGGAAGACUUCUUGCAGAUGACUCCUGGCCGGGCUGGUGACAGGUCCCCGCCUGCAGGAGGCAUGGUGAGCACCUGCUUUGCCGCCACCGCAGUUCCUGCCGCUUCCGGGGGGAAAAGGGUGAGUUGGGGUGGGAGCCUCCUCUUCGUGGGGGGCACCUUGGUGUGCAGCCCCUCUUUGAGCUUGUGUCCACACCCUGGCUCCUUUUCCCCUCGGCAGCCCAGCUCCUACCUCCUCCUGCGGCCGAGGGGAAGCCAGGUGAGCCUCACAGCCUCCAGGUGUCUUAAGGGGCCUCUCUCCUCAGAAGGAACUUGGGUGCCGGGCCCGGAACCUCUAGCCAGGUUCACGUCGGUGUCGACAGGCACCAUGUCCAGGUCACCCAGGCCAGUCUGACCACUCCUGUCUGUGCCCAUGAAGAACCAGGUACUCCCUGGUUCCAGGUCCACCGCCCGGGUCCUGGGAACAAGUGCUCAUGAGCGGCCACUGUGUGCCGGCCAUCACCGGCCUGUGGCCCUCACCGGCCUCUCUUCAGACGCCCAUCCCCGGGGCUCCUUCUUGCCCAGAGGGAGAGAGGCUGGCGUCCACGGGCCUGGCUCCCACCCUGGCUCUGCCCAGGACCCCUGGGGAGUUUGGGGCAAGUCCUCUCCCCUCUGUGGGCCCUGGUUUCAGUCUCUGUAAAUUGGGAGCUGGGGUGGCAGGCGAGGAGACCUCUGAGGACUCUUUCCAGGAGUCGAACAUUGCAAAGAUCGCUAAGGGGCCAGAAGAAGGUCACACCCAGGGUCCCCACCCUGGGGUGCACAGGGCUGAAGCAGAGGCUGUCUCCCCCAGACCAUAGGGGGCUGGCUCAGGAGUGGGGGGAGCACCAGGAUUGGCCACAGCCCCCCUCAUCCGUUGAGGCUCGGGCAUGCGCGUGGGCAGACCCGGGGCUCUGGAGCAGAAUGGCUUGUCAUUAUUCAGCUUGGGCACCUGUGUAUACUCUGAGUCUCACUUCUCCCUCUAGGGAGGGGGCUAACCUCCCAGGUUAUUUUAAGGAUUCAGUGAUGAAUUUUAAGGAUGUCUGUCAAGUGCUUAUCACAGGAGAAAGCACACGACACAUGGGAGCUGUUGUUUUCCUUUAAAAAAAUUUUUUUUUAGUUGAUUCUAGAGAGAAGGGAAGGGAGGGAGAAAGAGAGAGAGAGAAACAUUGAUGUGAAAGAGAAACAUUGAUCGGUUGCCUCCCAUACGCGCCCCGGCUGGGCACCAAACCCGCACCCUAGGUGUGUAGACCUUUCUGUUUACAGGAUGAGGCUCCGACCCACUGAGCCACACGCACUGGCUGGGGCGGACCUGUUGGCAUCGUCAUUAUUAUUGAAGUGGUUGUUACUGUUCUUGGGGCCGUCGCAGGAACUCAAAAAGAGUUUGGAGGCUUUGGCGAGAAAUAAAUGAUAAAACAUUUA